AUGUCGUGGCGGCCGACGGAGAAGUUGAUGCAAACCAUCUCUCAUUAUGCCAGCUUCCCUCCCACCGGAGUCAGCCUCCGCCAGAUGGUGCAGUUUGGAGAGAAACCGUCGACAGGCACGCUCUUUCGCGCCUCUCAGUUCCUUUCCGAAGAGCUCCCCGUGCGUCUUGCCCACAGAGUGGAGGAGUUGGGCAAGCUACCAGAUGGACUCAACGAGAUGACCUCGAUAAAAAAAGUAAGAGACUGGUAUGCCCAGUCAUUUGAAGAAAUCACGACAUUGCCGCGGCCGGAGUUGGAUUCGGAAACUCGAAAACGUCUUCUCGGCCCUCCCAAGAAACCCGCCAACAAACUCGCUUCCACCACCCGGAACCCCAGCCUUCGAUCCGAUGAUAAUGGCAACGGCAGAAGUGGACUGAACACCCGUCGUUACUUUGCCCCUUUGGACGAUGGCAAGGAAUGGCCUCCGGUGCUGGCGGAUUAUAACCGGAAAUUUGCCCGCAUGCUCGAAAUCAUCAAGAGAAGACACGAUCCAGUGGUGACCACGGUGGCGCAGGGAAUCAACGAGUGGAAGCGCAAACAACAGCGCAUGCAGAUCGAUUCUUCCAUCCAGUCCUUCCUCGAUCGAUUCUACAUGUCACGUAUCGGCAUUCGUAUGCUUAUUGGGCAGCACAUCGCACUCACCGAGCAGAGCACGCAUCGACAUCCAAACUACGUCGGCAUCAUCUGCACCAAGACGAACGUCAAGGAACUUGCGGAGGAGGCGAUCGAGAACGCGCGAUUUGUCUGCGAGGACCACUACGGCCUAUUCGACGCACCCAAAGUCCAGCUGUUCUGUCCCCCCAACUUGACAUUUAUGUAUGUUCCGGGCCAUCUGUCGCACAUGCUGUUUGAAACCUUGAAGAACUCCCUUCGAGCGGUGGUCGAGACCCAUGGCGCAGAAAAGGAGGAAUUCCCUGUGACCAAGGUGAUUGUCGCCGAAGGCAAAGAAGACAUCACCAUCAAAAUCAGCGAUGAGGGAGGCGGCAUUCCGCGUUCCGCCAUUCCGCUUGUUUGGACCUACAUGUACACUACUGUCGAUACCACGCCAGAGCUGGAUCCUGGAUUUAAUGCGAGCGAUUUCAAGGCGCCCAUGGCCGGAUUCGGGUACGGGCUACCCAUUUCACGGUUAUAUGCACGAUACUUCGGUGGAGAUUUAAAGUUGAUUUCGAUGGAGGGAUACGGAACCGACGUGUACCUCCACCUCAACCGGCUUUCUUCGUCGUCGGAACCUCUACAAUAA